GAGGCGGGCAUUUAUUUGAUGCUUUUCGCCGCCAUAUUCACGCCAAUUGUCACUAGCUCCACAGAACUGCCUGACAGAUUCGCGGGAACAGUCUCUGGUAUGGCAACAACGGAGCAACGUCUUACAACCGUUUCCAGCAUGCAAUCUAAAACAAUGGAUGGUUUGGUGGUAGACCUCUCAGGCCAAGGCCUUAACAAACUGGACCCGGAUUCCUUUUCCUGUGCGGACAUUCACACACUUAUUUUGGACAACAACAACAUCAUUAAGUUGGAAAACCUCGACAAAGGCACCGAAAUUAAGCAGUUGUCAGUUGCAAGUAACCGGCUGGUGCGGAUGAUGGGGGUGUCGAAGCUCAGAGAACUCCGGUUGCUGAACCUGCCUAACAAUAGCAUCGGCUACGUUGAAGGCCUGAAGGACUUGGUUCACCUGGAGUGGCUUAACCUGGCUGGCAAUAAUCUCAAGGUGAUGGAUGAGCUGAGCAACUGUGUGGGACUGCAGUUUCUAGACCUCUCAGACAACAACAUCUCUGUCAUCGGUGACCUUACUAAGCUCUCUAACUUAAAGGCAUUGCAUCUCCAUGGAAACACCAUCACAACUCUGCGGUCUGUUCCGGCAUACCUGCCCUCAAACCUCACAUUACUGUCUUUGGCUGAAAACGAGAUACGAGACCUUAACGAGUUCUCCUUCCUGGCCUCUCUCAGCAGCCUGGAGCAGCUGUCCAUCAUCAGUAACCCUUGUGUAAUGAGCACGUCUACCGUGGCAGGGUGUGACUAUAGGCCAUAUGUGGUGAGCUGGUGCCUGAACCUGAAGCUCCUAGAUGGAUAUGCUGUGUCCCAGAAGGAAGGACUCAAGGCAGAAUGGAUGUACAGUCAGGGCAAAGGUCAUAGCUUUCGCCCAGGGCAACACGAACAGCUGGUGCAGUACCUGGCGUCGGUGUGCCCUCUGACCGUGACCUCUGCAUCGCAGUCUGCAGAGGACGCCAAGCUGGAAAGGAUCCUCAACAAACAGAGGCAACACCAGAAGCAGCUCCUGAAGGCAGGUCAUAAAGGUUGGCCCAGCCUAUCUUACCCCAACCCUUUUAAUGUGGAGCAGCAGACAUAUGAAGCGUCCGAAAGGAUCUCUGCACACCCGCCUGCACUUAUCCAAAGGGCAGAACCAGUAGUCCAGGUGAAUUCGUGGCUGGCUGACCCUUCAGUCACUCCAGUCUUUCGCACGGCUCUUUCCCCACUUGACAAUGACUCCUCUUCCUUAAAGCUGGAGGAUGUGCAAACGGAUGAGGAGAAACUCCAUGGCACCCAGCUCUCUUCUGAGUCCUUCUUCCUGCCGGUGGCUUCCACUACAUGUCCAACCAUGCGCUCUGAUGACAGUGACAGUGACAAUGAGACGGAGCCUUACGCCGUCCCCUCCAACGUCCCUUCCCACUGUUAUGUCCCAGUGCAACCUGGGAGAGAUGGCAAGGCAUCUAGAGAUGGACAAAAGACAUCCACAUAUAGCCCAGUCGAAUCUUCACCCAUACCCUCACAUACACAUUGCAGCCCCUCUUUAAUGUCUGGAGAGAAGCAUUCAGAGGUAGAAGAGAACUUGUAUUUACAGGCCGACAACACAAACUGUUUGAGGGUGAAUGGAGAAGAGUGUCAGUUGGGAAAUGGAAAGUCUGUUCCUGAGGAGAAUGUGAGAGGAAUACCGUCCCCACUAAACACAGCAGCAGUGCGGAUACAAGCAUGGUGGCGUGGGCAUUGGACACGGCUUCACAAUCCCAAGGCGAAGGAGGUGCGGACAGAGAUCCGUCUGCGCCGAAUGCAGGAACACAUCAUAUACUUGAGCUCGGAGCUCCAGAGGGUACACAAGCAACAAGAAGAAGAGAGGCUACAAAGGUUAGUUCAGGAAGAAGCUGUGAAGUGUCUUUGGAAACAGCUUCAGUCAGUGAUGACGUGGCAGAAUACAGUCAUGGAGCGGCUGAAGUGUGGCUCUUCCUCUUCCAGCUCCAGGCCCUGCGCUCCAUCUGCUAGUUCUGAGGAUCAUGCCUCAAUACAGACUGAAUUCCAUUCUUCUGGCAACCACCAGGGAGUCGUACAGGACAGCAUCAGAGCGACUGCUCACUCUCCAGAGAUAGUGCUGUCAGCGGGGGCAGCAAGUGGAGGGAAUCUACAAGGGCAGCAUCUUAGCUUUGUUCAGAAACGGCAAGAGGAAGAAGAAAAGCUGGAGAAAGAAACAUGAGGAGGAAGAAGUAAAUGAGUGUCUCUUCUUUGGAGGGUUAGGUGAAGGUGGAUCCAACAUUUGAACGGGAUAGUGAAAGCAAGUUUAAUCUCUUCCACCUACUUUCUAUUCUGUCAAUCCAGUACAUGACUGGCCCACAAAUGUUGCUUCUCUAUGCUUGUUACAUGCUAACAUUGCUAACUGGUGAAUGUGCUGAUACUGAGAAUGUUGACCUAGUGUAUAUGGUUAGAAUGUCACAGACUUGCCUCAAGCUGUGUGCAGCUUUCAAGAAAUGUCAUGUCAAAACAUAUUAAACAGCAACUGAAAGCUAAAAGCUUAUAGUGGUAUUAUGAUACUAUGAAAAUGUAAGUUGUGCUGUGUCCAAAAACAUUCCAGUAAAUAUGUUAGACGUUACUGGAGAAUCGGACACAGUGUGAGUGUGUGUGAAAUUUAAAUGUAUUUAACAUGAUGCUUUUGAGUACCAUCACAUGUCUUGCAUGCAGACCAAGAAUGAUAAAACGACAGUACCUGACAUGUUAUGGAGGAUCUCCUGUAUGGAAAGUAAAUAGUAAAUCACUGAUCAUGUGAUUUGGACUAAACUGUUCCUUUGUCUUUGUUUCUUCUCUCCCUCCCUUUCUCAUUUCGUGUCCUUAUUGCCGCUAAAUCAAUUCUAUAUGAUUUGUUAAAAAGGAGCUAUGAUUUUACUCUUUGUAUACAGUGAUGUUGAAAGUAAUGUACAUCUUCUCAGCAUUUGGAACUUGAUUGAUCUUAUUUGUAUUUGUCAUUAAGUGCAUAUUUUAGGUGCAGAUCAAGACCUAUUUUUGUGUCCACUGACAACUUGAAAAUGUGUGAUAUGCUAUGAAUAAUAUGUAUACAUUUUGUUACAUUUUGUGUGAUUAAGACUUUUUUAAAGGAAUAUUUUAUGUCUUAUC